AAUCCCAUUAUCUAUCACUAUUCACUAUCACAUCAAUCACUCUUCAAACUGUUUUAGGGAAGCGAAGUAUGGCGGAUCCUAAUCUUUACCAUCACCCUGCCUGUGCCGGAAAUGGGUGCGGAGCAGAGCAGGAAAAGGAACCCACCGCCGGCGGGUUGUGCGGACUUCUGAUGAAGAAAGUCGGCGGCGGCGGUCACCACGAUGAACAUAAGCAGACUCCAAGUGAUGCCGCUAUGGCUGACAUUGAACAUCAGGAGGUGAAGCACGGCGGCAACCCCACACUCGCCGAUCAGCUUCACCGCUCUGACGGUGGCAGCUCGUCGAGUGAAGAAGAGGAGGAAGGAGGGGAAAUAGGAGAGAAGAAGAGGAAGAAGAGAGGGAUGAAGGAAAGGAUCAAGAAGAAGCUGUCUGGUGAGAAGGAAGAAGACCACCACUCCGACCAUCAGCAGGAGCAGCCAGAAAUCAUUAUCACUGGGGAUGAUGAUGAUAAGGCCAAUGGCGCUGCUAAUCAAGCUACCCUGAUACAAAUGCACGAAGAUGAUUCGGAGGAGAAGAAAGGUUUCAUUGAGAAGAUGAUGGACAAGCUCCCUUUGUAUGGGCAGGAGAUGAAGAAACCUGGUGAUGAAGAUCAUGUCGACAUUGAAAGCGGUGCUGCUCAGCCGAAGGAGAAAGGGAUCCUGGACAAGAUCAAGGACAAGAUUCCUGGUAGCCACAAGAACGGUGGAGAUCAUGAAGCUAAAAAAGAGGAUUGAAUGGCCCUAUUCAAAUUUGUGAAGAUGCGUGUUUAAAAAUGCUUGUUUCUUUAAAAUUCAGUACUUUGAUUUCGGGAAGUUUAGUUUCCCCAUGUUUUUACUGUCUGGUGUCUGUAAUCUUGUAAGUCGUUGAAUGUGAAAAUUUGUUUUGA